AUGUCGGGCCAAGGCCUCGGCCGGUGCACGCCGACGCACCGCAUGUCGGGCCAAGGCCUCGGCCGGUGCACGCCGACGCACAUCAACCCCGAGGUCUGGACCAGUGGCAAGCUCAGUACGCUCAACAUCUACGCCAACGAGACGGCGCCAACGACCAACGGCUACAACGGAGUGACGGGCCUGUACACGCUCACUGCCAACGUCCAGGAGGCGCUUAAGGGAACGACGUCGACCAAGGGCACCUUUUCGAGACCGUAUUCGAUCGACUUUUGGCGCGAUUUUCUCUGGAGCGAACAAGUCAUCAACUUCUUCGGCUACACGAACGCGCCCAACCGAAACCAGAUCUCCAAGAAAAGCGCGUGUGCCGACAACUCGUUUGGGUGCAUGAACGGCUGCUCCAAGUCCCACGCGUGCACGCUCGCCGAGGCCCAAGGUACACCAUACAAACCGACAUCACACUUGGCAAACCGUGUAUGUUGGUUGCGAUGA